AUGUCCAAACAGUUCCAGUUCAAGCUCGUUCUUCUCGGCGAAUCUGCGGUGGGGAAGUCCAGUCUCGUCCUGCGCUUCGUGAAGGACCAAUUCGAUGAUUACCGGGAGAGCACCAUCGGUGCCGCGUUCCUGACCCAAACGGUCACUCUGGAGGACUCGACUACCGUCAAGUUCGAGAUCUGGGAUACCGCGGGCCAGGAGCGUUAUAAGUCCCUUGCACCAAUGUACUACCGCAAUGCCAACUGCGCGGUAGUGGUAUAUGAUAUCACGCAGUCCACGUCAUUAGAGAAGGCGAAGUCCUGGAUCCGCGAACUGCAACGUCAGGCCGACCCAUCCAUUGUCAUUGCUCUGUGCGGCAACAAGCUCGAUCUUGCGGCCCGCCGCCAGGUCUCUCAAGAGGAGGCGAAGAAGUACGCCGAGGAGGAGGGCUUGAUGUGGGGCGAGACCAGUGCCAAGAGCGGCGAAGGUGUUUCCGAGAUAUUCAACGCUAUCGCCAAGAAGCUUCCCCUCACUGCCGCGCCGUCUGCGCGAGGCGGCGCUAGCCGACCGGGUGCUGCGGGCAGGACAGGCGUCGACCUCAACAAGCAAGCCGCCGGUGGACAGGGCCAGAAUGAGGCGUGCAACUGCUGA